UUUUAAUGUAAUUGAUGAGCAAAUUGGAAAGCAGAGGACGAGGGACAACGGCGCGGACACCUCACCUUAAAAUGUUUCUUCAUUUCAAUUUAACGCAAACGAGCUUGAUGUGAGCAAGGGGGAAACAAGAGCACUUUUUUUUUUUUUUUUUUACCUUUCUCUCACCUUCACAGUGCACCUAUCCACUAUUUCACCUCUAGUUUAACUUAUUUUGUGGUACCUCGUCGGAUACCUUUGGCUUUAGAGCACGGCUUCACCUGGGCACCCUUUUACUGCAGUCUCACGAAACCGCACCAAGAUUUCUUCUCCAACUUUCUAAAGCACUUCAGGGAAAAAUCCACCAACAGGGAAAAAAUACUUUUCUCUUCUACAAAGAAGCGCAAAAGUGACACAAUGAGUCUCAAAUCUGAUUCUGAGCCGAACAACAAUGUUGUAUCCUUGGAAGAGGAGGUAAGGGGAAGAUUAGUCCUUGGUGUUUUGUUACACACUUAUUAAUCGUGUCAGUGGCGUUGAUUGCUUUUUCCAGGUCUAAGGAUUCCAAGAAGUCUUACUUCUUAAGACUUUGAUGUUUUGCAUAGUGUGUAAACUUGUAGCGAAUGUAUCUUCAUUUGUAACCUAGCUACUUUGUGUCCUAUAAAGAGUUUGGUCAUUGUAAAAGUUGCCUGCGAGGUUCCUGUCUUAUUCGUUAUAGCCCGGAGGUUCCGGAUAUCAAAGCCAUUAGUAUAGUUACAUUUUUAGGUUAAUGCGUCAUGGCCAUUGUCCGUCCGUAUUUUUGCGGACUGUUUUCCAUAGCCUUCCGGAGUAGUGUAAAUUGUUAUAUGAAACUUUGAAAAUUAAACUUCUGUAGGACUUGCAUAUUGCGCCAUAUAAAUCCAAAUGUUGGUUUUGAUAGGAGUGAGGCUACUAUUAUUGAUUUCAAAUGAAAUUGUAUUUUUCACAUGCGCCGAAUACCGUGAAAUGCUUACUUGCUCAGAAUUCACUGUUUUCACACUUCAACAUAACACUUUUUUAUAAAGUUUUUACUAAGUCAAUAUAUUGGAUAAGGAUAUUAUGGAGCAAGUAGACCGAAAGCAUGUUGACUUUCAGAAUCACAUUUAGGGCUGUCAGUGGAUUGACACUAUGCGACACACCUGCUGUAACGUAGCCUACCUUGUGGGAAAGCCGGCGUGCGCUCAAACUCCAAAUAUUGCUUCAAUGUGAGGUACAAUUUAUUCGUCUUGUAAAGGCGAAGAUACUUUACGCGAGUUCACUACUUGUAAACUAAAUGGAGGAUUUCUUAAUUAACCUCUUAAGGAUCGGACUCUUUAUUUUUUCAAUUUUCGCCUAAAAUGACAAAUCUAAUUGCCUGUAGCUCAGGACCUGAAGCAAGGAUAUGCAUAUUCUUGAUAUCAAUUGAAAGGAAACACUUUUGAAGUUUGUGAAAUUAAUGUAGGAGAAUAACACAUUAGAUCUGGUAAACUGCAAACUGUGGGGCCCUGUGGGAAUCUCAUUUUAUUAGUCACCCUUGAGAUCAUUCCAGAAAAAAAAGUUGGAUUUCGAUUUCCUGUGUGGGAUGUAUGUUCAGCUUAGUCUUCCCUUCAUAAUUGAGACCUUUAAUAGCUGAACAUUUGAUUUCCCUACAUUUUUAAGGCAUGAAUUGGCUGCAACUGCAUUUUUAUUAAAUACAGCAUGCUUGAUGGAUUUUGGAGGCUACUUCACUAUAUGGAGAGGGGAAUGCAUAAUCAAAAUGCACACUGCACAUAAUCUACAAGUAGGCCUACUGAACAAUCUGCAAUAAUUACUGCUAUUCAAUGGUCAUUUAAGCAAUAAUGCACGAGGGGGUGUGGUAUAUGGCCAAUAUUCCACGGCCAAGGGCUGUUCUUCUGUACGACGCAACGCUGAGUGCCUGGAUACAGCCCUUAGCCGUGGUAUAUUGGCCAUAUACCACAAACACCCGAGGUGACUUAUUGCUAUUAUAAACUGGUUACCAACGUAAUUAGAGCAGUAACAAGAAAUGUUUUGUCAAACCUGUGGUGUAUGGUCUGAUAUACCAUGGCUGUCAGCCAAUCAGCAUUCAGGGCUCGAACCACCCAGUUUAUAAUUAAAUAUACCCAUCGACUCUUGAAGAAUAUUAUACGUAGGCUAUGCCUCCAUUAAAAACUGUUUUACUCCAUUGUUCGUAAACAAUGUCUUUAACUUGAACUCAUGGAUUUUCAUUCCUUGCAUCCACAGCGCCAACUAUGAAUUUGAGUAGUUUCUCCAGCACCAUCUCUUAGCUUUAUAGCAAAAAAGUGGUGGGACUGCUGUUUGGCAAAAAAUGAAUUAGAGAUUGUGGCGUUAUGUUACAGCCUUAUUCUAAAAUGGAUUUUUUUUAAAGAAUCCUCAUCAAUCUACACACAACACCCCAUAAUGACAAAACGAAAGCAUGUUUUUAGUAUGUGUUGCAAAUUUAUAUAAAAAAGAUAUGUAAAUAUAUAUAUAAGUAUUCAGACCCUUUGCUAUGAGACUUGAAAUUGAGCUUGGUGCAUCCUGUUUCCAUUGAUAAUCCUUUGUGUUUCUACAACUUGAUUGGAGUCCACCUGUGGUAAAUUCAAUUGAUAGGACAUGAUUUGGAAAGGCAAUUCUGUCUACAUAAGGUCCCACAGUUGACAGUGCAUGUCAGAGCAAAAACCAAGCCAUGAGGUUGAAGGAAUUGUCUUUCAUUCUUAAAUGGAAGAAGUUUGGAACCACCAAGACUCUUCCUAGAGCUGGCCGCCCAGCCAAACUGAGCAAUCCGGGGAAAAGGGCCUUGGCAGGGAGGUGACCAAGAACCCGAUGGUCACUGACAGAGCUCCAGAGGUCCUCUGUGGAGAUGGGAGAACCUACCAGAAGGACAACCAUCUCAGCAACACUUCACCAAUCAGGCCUUUAUGGUAGUAGCCUGACGGAAGCCACUCCUCAGUAAAAGGCACAUGACAGCCCUCUUGAAGUUUGCCAAAAGGCACCUAAAGACUGACCAUGAGAAACAAGAUUCUCUGGUCUGACGAAACCAAGAUUGAGCUCUUUGGCCUGAAUGCUAAGCAUCACGUCUGGAGGAAACAUCCUUACGGUGAAGCAUGGUGGUGGGAGCAUCAUGCUGUGGGGAUGUUAUUCAGCGGCAGGGACUGGGAGACUAGUCAGGAUCGAGACAAAGAUGAAUGGGGCGAGGUACAGAGAUCCUUGAUGAAAACCUGCUCAGGACCUCAGACUGGGGCAAAGGUUCACCUUCCAACAGGACAACGCAGGAGUGGCUUCAGGAUGAGUCUCUGAAUGUCCUUGAGUGGCCCGGACUUGAACCCGAUCGAACAUCUCUGGAGAGACCUGAAAAUAGCUGUGCAGCAACGCUCCCCAUCCAACCUGACAGAGCUUGAGAGAAUCUGCAGAGAAGAAUGGGAGAAACUCUCCAAAUACAGGUGUGCCAAGCUUGUAGCGUUAUACCCAAGAAGACUCGAGGCUGUAAUCGCUGCCAAAGGUGCUGAGGGCUGUGUUCGAAUACCCAUGCUAACAUACUGUAUACUACAUACUUAAUGAGUGUAUAUACUAUUAGUUCAUUUUAGUAUACUGUAAACGAACGGUAUCCUUUCAGUUGAGCAUAGACAGGCGUAGCGCUACUAUCGGAAGUUGAUGCUGUUGCUAUGCAACCUCUCGACUUCGGGUGUGUUCGUCAAUUCAAUCUGGAGUGCCAGAGUGCCCACUUGACGUUCGUAAAUUCUGAGCAUUUCCCUCUCGGCGCCUUCAGCGCGCACACUGCCAGGCAGUGUCACUGGACGGUCUGGCCGAGGAGUAGGGUUGGUCCUAGCGUUCUGACCAUCACAACGGCGGUCAAGCACACAAGCUAGCUGGCUAGCUACUUCCAGACACAAAUGAGGGAACACCUCACUCUGACCAUUUUACGCGCCCUAGCAGAGCUGGUUAUCCAGAGCGUUGGUGACUAACUGUGCUGCUGGCAACAAUUUAAUUACGCAUUUUUGCGACGUUUACUGACACCGGGUGUUGAGCAUUCAUAAAUUAAUCAGUUAUUCUGCGCUCUGGCACACUCAGACGAGAGUGCUCUGAAAUCAGAUUAGAUAGCAAAGGGCGAAUUUUGUCCAUUGAACGCACAACGACUAUAGCACUUGGCAAAAAAUUACGUGAAUAAUCAAGUCAAUAAACGUUGGAGUUAGUUAGAUAGCAUAUAGUUAAUAUACUGGCAAGUUCGACGUAUUAGUAGCCAACUAACAUUACGUAGCUAACAUACCGGUACCUACUGCUGUAAUGAUAUGCUAUGCAGUUCGUAAGGAUAGCGUAGCCAACAAAUUGUCAGCCAACGUAGCGUAACUUAUUUGAAGUCAUUAAUUUAUUACAUUGCUCAACGUAUUCUUAACAUUUGUCAUAAUUAGGUAACGCAAUUUAAUUUGUAUCCGCUCUCGUCGUACUGCAUAUUCUCCACCAUUUUCUACAAAUCUGAAAAUGUUGUGGAGCCACAGCCAUUUUCUGAACUUCAUUAUGGGCCCUAAAAGCACAGUGUCCACUGCUUGUAUACUUAGGUAUUUUGGCGAAUUUAGUACAACAUCCGGGAACUUUUGGCGUACUAACUAUUUCCAUACUAUGACCAAUAAGCAUACCUCAUGCUAAAUUUACGUCACAAAUAGUGCAGUUAGUAUGAGUAUUAGAACACAGCUAAGGGGUCUGAAUACUUUCCGAAUGCACUGUAUGACAUGUCCUGUGUGGCUCAGCUGGUAGAGCAUGGCCAGGGUUGUGGCUUCGACUCGCACGGGGGACCAGUACAGAAAUGUAUGCACUUACAGUAAGUCUUAUAAGUGACUAAAAUGUAAACAAUAAGUGCUGUCUAUUGGAGGGGAAUCCUUUUAGAUAUACAGUACCAGUCAAAAGUUUGGACACCUACUCAUUCAAGGGUUUUUCUUUUUUACUAUUUUCUACAUUGUAGAAUAAUAGUGAAGACCUCAACUAUGAAAUAACACAUGGAAUUCUGUAGUAACCAAAAAAAGUGUUAAACAAAUCAAAAUAUAUUUUAUUCUUCAAAUUAGCCACCCUUUGCCUUGACAGCUUUGCACAGUCUUGGCAUUCUCUCAACCAGAUUCAUGAGGUAGUCACCUGGAAUGCAUUUCAAUUAAGCAAGAACCGCUCAAAUAAGCAAAGAGAAACGACAGUCCAUCAUUAUUUUAAGACAUGGAGGUCAGUCAAUACGGAAGAUUUCAAGAACUUUGAAAGUUUCUUCAAGUGCAGUCGCAAAAACCAUCAAGUGCUAUGAUGAAACUGGCUCUCAUGAGGACCGCCACAGGAAUGGAAGACCCAGAGUUACCUCUGCUGCAGAGGAUAAGUUCAUUAGGGUUACCAGCCUCAGAAAUUGCAGCCCAAAUAAAUGCUUCACAGAGUUCAAGUAACAGACAUCUCAACAUCAACUGUUCAGAGGGGACUGCAUAAAACCUCUACUAAAGGACACCAAUAAGAAGAGACUUGCUUGGGCCAAGAAACAUGAGCAAUGGACAUUAGACCGGUGGAAAUCUGUCCUUUUGGUCUGAUGAAUCCAAAUUGGAGAUUUUUGGUUCCAACCGCCGCGUCUUUGUGAGAUGCAGAGUAGGUGAAUGGAUGAUCUCCUCAUGUGUGGGUCCCACCGUGAAGCAUGGGAGGAGGUGUGGGGGUGCUUUGCUGGUGACACUGACCAAUAUAAAAUCCUCCAGUAGGAGGCAGUGUAACAAUUUUGUUUUCAGCAUGAGUUCAAGCUACCCAUUGUGCUGAGGCUGUUGCGAUCUUACUCAGAAAUGUUAUAGGCCCUAUAUGUACACUGCUCAAAAAAAUAAAGGGAACACUAAAAUAACACAUCCUAGAUCUGAAUGAAAUAAUCUUAUUAAAUACUUUUUUUUUUUUUUACAUAUUUGAAUGUGCUGACAACAAAAUCACACACAAAUGAUCAAUGGAAAUCAAAUGUAUCAACCCAUGGAGGUCUGGAUUUGGAGUCACCCUCAAAAUUAAAGUGGAAAACCACACUACAGGCUGACCCAACUUUGAUGUAAUGUCCUUAAAACAAGUCAAAAUGAGGCUCAGUAGUGUGUGUGGCCUCCACGUGCCUGUAUGACCUCCCUACAACGCCUGGGCAUGCUCCUGAUGAGGUGGCGGAUGGUCUCCUGAGGGAUCUCCUCCCAGACCUGGACUAAAGCAUCCGCCAACUCUGUCUGUGGUGCAACGUGGCGUUGGUGGAUGGAGCGAGACAUGAUGUCCCAGAUGUGCUCAAUUGGAUUCAGGUCUGGGGAACGGGCAGGCCAGUCCAUAGCAUCAAUGCCUUCCUCUUGCAGGAACUGCUGACACACUCCAGCCACAUGAGGUCUAGCAUUGUCUUGCAUUAGGAGGAACCCAGGGCCAACCGCACCAGCAUAUGGUCUCACAAGGGGUCUGAGGAUCUCAUCUCGGUACCUAAUGGCAGUCAGGCUACCUCUGGCGAGCACAUGGAGGUCUGGAUUUGGAGUCACCCUCAAAAUGCCACCCCACACCAUGACUGACCCACCGCCAAACCGGUCAUGCUGGAGGAUGUUGCAGGCAGCAGAACGUUCUCCACAGCGUCUCCAGACUCUGUCACGUGCUCAAUGUGAACCUGCUUUCAUCUGUGAAGAGCACAGGGCGCCAGUGGCGAAUUUGCCAAUCUUGGUGUUCUCUGGCAAAUGCCAAACGUCCUGCACGGUGUUGGGCUGUAAGCACAACCCCCACCUGUGGACGCCGGGCCCUCAUACCACCCUCAUGGAGUCUGUUUCUGACCGUUUUAGCAGACACAUGCACAUUUGUGGCCUGCUAGAGGUCAUUUUGCAGGGCUCUGGCAGUGCUCCUCCUGCUCCUCCUUGCACAAAGGCGGAGGUAGCAGUCCUGCUGCUGGGUUGUUGCCCUCCUACGGCCUCCUCCACGUCUCCUGAUGUACUGGCCUGUCUCCUGGUAGUGCCUCCAUGCUCUGGACACUACGCUGACAGACACAGCAAACCUUCUUGCCACAGCUCGCAUUGAUGUGCCAUCCUGGAUGAGCUGCACUACCUGAGCCACUUGUGUGGGUUGUAGACUCCGUCUCAUGCUACCACUAGAGUGAAAGCACCGCCAGCAUUCAAAAGUGACCAAAACAUCAGCCAGGAAGCAUAGGAACUGAGAAGUGGUCAGUGGUCACCACCUGCAAAACCAGUCCUUUAUUGGGGGUGUCUUGCUAAUUGCCUAUAAUUUCCACCUGUUGUCUAUUCCAUUUGCACAACAGCAUCACUAUAUUGCUCAUACCAAUCAAAUCCUUUCUCCAUAAGUGUGUAGUAGAAAAUAUGCGCAAAAUGUCACUUGUGAAUUUCUUCACAAACUGCAAUGAGAUCUGUAUUUUAAUUCUCUACCUGCAUGCAUUGCACACUUUAAAGCUGGAAUCCGCAUUACGGGAAACAGUGCCACUGUUCACCCCAGCACCUUGUUUUUUUUGUUUAUGAAACUGAGGCGAGGAACAUUCAGCAUCGUGGUAAUAUCGCAAAUGGAAGUGGCAGUUUCACCAUUACUGAUUCCAGCUUUAAGAUAUUUACUUUUUUUUCUGUGAAUUGCUAGAUGGUUGUUACUGUGCUGCUAUCCUAAUUACCCUUGUUAGAAAAGCCAAACGGAUUGUGGUCUCCCAGGAAUAAUAAACUCGUAGUGUCUGAAAUGAAGGAAGCGUUUAGUAAUUUGCAGUGGAUAGUGUAUUGGUGGAAAUGACCCUCUGUCUUGAUUAGGGAAAACCCAUCUCUUGAUAUUGCCUCUUGUUAGUCUUUCCAUGAUCGUGUGUGCGUGCAUACCCUAUCCUCCCUUUUAAUGUCCUGGAACCUCGAGUUUGGCUAGCUUCUUCUGACAUAGGCUUUCUCAAUUAGUCUUUUCUUGAUUCCUCUGUCUGAACGCUCUUCUACCCCAGUUAAGGUCUCCGUCUGUGAUGCCCAUUUGGUCUAAAAUUAGACGUCAUUCACCCAUGUGCUUAGUCGGCAGGUUCAACAAGUAUCAGUUCUCUUUGGCUGAAGUGGCCUUAAUUUUCCCAAAAGGCCUGUUAAUGAGCCCUAGGUGGUGUUUACGUUUUAUUCCUUCGCAAGCGUGUUCUCGGCCUAUUUAGUGCAAAAACAUUCCCGCAGAUGAACUGUACAUGGGCAGAAGUCUCAGAAUACCUAAUAUAUUAAGUGUUCUGAUAUUUGCAAAUUUUGCCCAAAGCCCAUCAAACGCUAAAGUUAAGAAUAACACACUCACUCUGCACCCUAAAAGGCCACAGAAGUGUAGGCCUUGUCUCAAUUGCUUUGUGUUGGUGUGAAGUCUCCUCAGCUGUAUAAUUUCAGGUUUGCUAUUCUUACCUUGUGUAGCAUUUUCAUUGAGGCUUACUUUGGAAAAACGACCUUUUCAUGAGAAUUUCACUGGUAUGCAGGUGUCAAAGGCUCAAAGCAAACCCAAAUGAACCCUGAAGUUUGACUUCUCCAUUGUUGUGAAUUGAAAUUAGUGUCAAUGCUGAUAGUUGUAAUUGCUAGAUGUUUCCAAUGUUGAAUGUACACCUCUUCUGACGCGUCUCUGCUUCACCUAGUUAUGGAUUCUCUCUGCGUUCUCAUGUGCAUUGGUUGGCUUCUUCACUCAUUCUGACAUGCCUAAUAGUUGUUUUUCUGGAAUUUGAAGCUACAUAAGAAGUAGGCUACUUGAGCUAAUAAAAGGACAUUGACAAAUUAUAACUUGGCUAUAUAAACUAGGGUUGUUUUUGUAAGGGUGUUAUGUCUUGCACUUUUCAUUCUAUUAUCCCAUGCCUAUCUCACUCACGCACCCAAACAUUGGUUCCUGAACCCCAAACAUAUUAUUCCUGUUGCCAGGACAAAAUGUGUUCAAAAUCAAAGCAUAAAAAAAAAAAUGGCGUAGCCAGGUUUGAAUUGGGGGCAUGCAUAUUGCCUCAACCCUCACUCUUGGAUGCACCCUUGUGAUUUUUAUACCCUACUAUGGAAACCUAAUCUGACCUUUUUUAGUAGCAUGUGUCUCAGUUUGCAUUUUGUGUUUCCAGGUACGAACUCUCUUUGUCAGCGGCCUUCCAGUUGACAUCAAGCCACGGGAACUCUACCUGCUCUUCAGACCAUUUAAGGUAGGCCAGAAUCUUUUGUCAAAUGUUUCAACUAUUUUAGUGUCCCCCCCCCCCCCGAUUCACCUUAUUGACAUGUUUAAUAAGUGUGUCCAUCUUGUCAAGUUUGCUGUUCUUAUUGUGCAACCUUCCUGCCAUUUCUAUGGUGACUUACAAGGUGUUUGGGGUUUUACUUGCAUUUGCAGGGUUAUGAAGGAUCCCUUAUUAAGUUGACAUCAAAGCAGGUGAGAUUAAGUCCAUAUCCAAGGUAUGAUGGGUACUGGAGUCUGUAUAGUCAGGAUGUUUGUACUGUAGACAUUUUAGACUUUCUCAUGACGCUCUAGUAGUCUAUAUAUUAAAUGUUUCCUUCAUUACUACCGCUAACACACCAUUGUUUGCAUGUGGAAAUGUAACAGUGUACCUUUUUAAGCCAAUUUAAGGGCCAUCGGUCUUUCCCUGUACUGUCUCUGAUGCUCUGUUCUCUCGCUCUCUUUUCCAGCCUGUCGGGUUUGUUACCUUUGAUAACCGGACUGGCGCUGAAGCGGCGAAGAACGCAUUAAACGUAAGCAGCCAUUCAGCCGUUAAUAAGCGGACAUGAGGCUAGCCCUGAAUUAUUGAGUAGCCCUCUUCAACCUUUGGGGAUAUGUCUUUAUGCUGAACUGCAGGUUGACACCUUGACAUAAGAACGGAAUGUUAACCUUGACCUCAAUUCCAAUAUGCAAUAUUGUUGGGUCAUGACUGCCCACCUAAGGAUGACUCAAUUGUCUACUUGUCAUAAUGCAGUUGAAAUGUGACAGGAUGGCUGUUUUUACUGCGAUAUCUUUCACAUCUGUUUCAACUAAUGGAGUCCUGUAUGGCCUAUAACCAAAGUAAACUGAAAGCCCUCCCUUUCCAUAUUGUCCAGAAGCUCUACACCCCCCUCUCCUUAUAUAAGCGUUUUCCUCAAAGGGCUUUUCUGAAGUUACCAUGGUAUAGUAAUCAUACCUGCAUGCAUGUGAGCACAGACUAAAGAGCACUUUACACCUCUUCGCAGAGUAUCUCCACCGCUGCCCCCUUCUCCACCCCCUUACAGUGUUCCCCAUCUCUCCCUAGGGGAUCCGUUUUGACCCAGAGAGUCCCCAGACUCUGCGCUUAGAGUUCACUAAAGCCAACACGAAGAUGGCAAAGAGUAAGCUGAUGGCCACUCCGAACCCCACAAAUAUCCACCCAGCUCUAGGAGCACACUUCAUUGCACGGGACCCAUGUAAGUCUGCGGCUGCACCCUAGAAACACUCACCACGUGGACAUAGGCUACUACCAAUCCCCCUCUUUCCUCCCGCUCCUUUUAGAAUAUGCCCUACAGACAAUGCUGGGUCAACUAAUUCACCUCUACACCUCAAGUAGAUUUUUCUGAUCUGUUGCUUUCUCAUAGAUCAUGUAGUUUUGUCUCGGCUGGUCAGGCACAACUAGGUAGUGCACGAUGUUCCACUUCAAUUAAAUUCACCACAAUUGUUGGAACCAGGACUUAGAGGGGUUAAUCAAACCCACAUACACCUGCACUUUGCUCCCCCAACAUUCUGUAAAAUCCCCACUUUAAAUAGUCUCGGCUCCUGUCCUUCACGACGAGUCUCCAGUAGUAAGGCACGAGGAAAGGAGGCGCUUCAGACUAGCUGGACAUGGACCCAGUUUGAGUGCUUGACCAGUACAUCGUCCUGCCCUUAUUCAUGGAUCACUGAUCUAACAUAUUUGCACAGGUGUAAACAAUUGGGUUGGGAACUUGAUUUCACCUGUCUUAUUAUGUUAAAUCAAAGAUCAUCUGGAGGGCCAAUUACUUUUUAAACAUGACCAUAGUCCUGGGUUAUGUUUAGUAGGCACCUAAAGGGAGAACAUGCUUUGAAACGGGGAGAUGCUACAUUAAAUUUCCCUGAAGUUAUCUUUCUGUUCCCCCCCAAAAAAAAAUUCCUAAGUGUAGAUCAGAACUACUACUAUGCAUUUGAGGAUAUCUUUUUCAUAUAGAUGACCUGACGGGGGCAGCACUGAUCCCGGCCUCUCCCGAGGCGUGGGCCCCUUACCCCCUGUAUGCCACGGAGCUUCCCCCUGGGCUCCCCCACGCUGCCUUUACCUACCCGGCCGCUGCCGCCGCUGCCGCAGCCCUCCACGCCCAGGUGAGGGACCAACCGGUGGGUCUACUGCCUCUUCAGCGUCUCACUCAUUUACCAUGCCUUGCUCUGUGUCGCAUGUGAUCGCAAACCAAGCAGGAACAUGCAUGGAUACACAUCAGGAUUGGGAUCAAUCCCAAAUCAAAUGUUUCUCCUAAAUUGGAAAUUCAUUCUUGAUUGUACAUGUUUGAAAUGGAACUACUAUCAUCUGACAUCACAAGGAACCAGUAGUGAGCUUAUCCACCCUUAAACAUUCACAACCUGACACUGUAUUGUUCAGCAUGACAGGGGAUCCAUUCUGUGUGCAUUUAGGGGGCUUGGUGCCAAGCCCACUGA